CUCCAGCUGGCGGGACCCCCGGGCCGGGUGCUGCGCCACAUCCCACCACACUUUUUUCUGGAGCCCUUUGGGGGUCACAUCUGGAUUUGAACCAGUGCCUGUGUGCUUCCCUGUGAGAAAAAGCUUGGGAUCAGAAGAGCCCAGAUUUGAGGGGACAGCGACAGCAGCGAGUAGAAAAAUGGAGUCCUUGUCCUUCAACGGGGAUUUCUCCAGCUUAUUCUCCCUCUACAACUACACCUAUGACUACAGCACAGCCCUGCCCGACACCGCUAUCUCCUCUGCCCCGUGCCGGCCCGAUAGCUCCGUCCUCAACAAGUACCUAGUGGUGGUGAUCUACUGCCUCGUCUUCAUCCUCAGUGUAGUGGGGAAUGGGCUGGUGGUGCUGGUGGUGACCUCCAGCCACACCAGCCGCUCUGUCACCGACAUCUACCUGCUCAACCUGGCCGUGGCAGACUUGCUCUUUGCUUUCACCCUGCCCCUCUGGGCCACCUACCGAGCCCACGAGUGGGUCUUUGGCACCGUGAUGUGCAAAGCCAUCUCCGUGCUGCAGGAAGCCAACUUCUACAGUGGCAUCCUGCUGCUGGCGUGCAUCAGCGUGGACCGCUACCUGGCCAUUGUCUACGCCACCCGGGCUGCCACUGAGAAGAGGCACUGGGUGAAGUUUGUCUGCUUGGGCAUCUGGGUCUUCUCUGUGCUGCUCUCCCUGCCUGUGCUGCUCUUCCGUGAGGCUUUCACCUCACCCAGCAAUGGCACCGUGUGCUACGAGCGCAUUGGUGGCGAGGACACGGCCAAGUGGCGGGUGGUGCUGCGGGUGCUGCCGCAGACCUUCGGCUUUGCCUUGCCCCUCCUGGUGAUGCUCUUCUGCUAUGGCGUCACCAUCCACACCCUCCUGCAGACCAAGAAUGCUCAGAAGCAGCGGGCCAUGAAGGUCAUCUUUGCCGUGGUGCUUGUCUUCCUCAUCUGCUGGCUGCCCUACAAUAUCACACUGGUGAGUGACACCCUCAUGAGGACACGGGCUAUCACCGAGACCUGCGAGAGGAGGAACCGCAUCGACACAGCCCUCUCUGUCACGCAGGUCCUGGGCUUUGCCCACAGCUGCAUCAACCCCAUCAUCUACGCCUUCAUUGGUCAGAAGUUUCGCAACAGCUUCCUUAAGAUCCUAGCACAGCGUGGGCUGAUCAGCAAGGAUGCUGUUGCCCGUUACGGCCGUGCCUCCUAUGCCUCCACCUCUGGCAACACAUCCACCACCCUUUGAGCCCUUCUGGUACCCAGUCCUUGUGGCUCCCUGCAGGUCCCAGCACCCCACACACCUCAGCAUCCUUAUUGAGCCCCAUGGAAUGUGGGUAGUGAUACUAUGGGGAUGGGCAGGGCCACCACUGGAUGCUGGACCCCAGCUGCAAGGGGACUUGGGUGGCAAGGUGGUAGGAUCCCAUUGCCAGAGGAGUGAUGCCAAGUGCUGCCCACCCUUCUCUCUCUUUGGGAUGAAGCCUGUGACUCUAGGGAUUUUGAGAGCCUACUGUAGUGUUUGUGGCCAUCGGCCAUACAGCA